CACUGGGCCGAGUCCGUUCAAAUAAGGAGCCUAUAUAAUAGAAAAACCCUAAUCCCCACUUCAGUUUGUCAUUUUAGGGUUUCCCUGUUAAUCAGAGCCAACCGGAGCGCGGCAGCCACCGUCACACAACCCCCAAACUGCCACCAUGGGUCGUAUGCACAGUCGAGGUAAGGGUAUUUCAGCUUCAGCUCUUCCAUACAAAAGGACUCCACCAAGUUGGCUCAAAAUCUCUGCUCCUGAUGUUGAGGAUAACAUCUGCAAGUUCGCCAAAAAGGGUUUGACACCUUCCCAAAUUGGUGUUAUUCUUCGUGAUUCUCAUGGGAUUGCUCAGGUGAAGAGUGUUACUGGUAGCAAGAUUCUCAGAAUUCUGAAGGCUCACGGUCUUGCUCCUGAAAUUCCCGAGGAUCUUUACCAUCUCAUCAAGAAAGCAGUGGCAAUCAGGAAGCAUCUUGAGAGGAACAGGAAAGACAAGGAUUCCAAGUUUAGAUUGAUUCUCGUUGAGAGCAGGAUUCAUCGACUUGCUCGCUACUACAAGAAAACAAAGAAGCUUCCACCAGUCUGGAAGUACGAGUCUACCACCGCCAGUACUCUUGUGGCUUAGAGGAGAUCAUGGAGCGGCGGGAUUACUAGUAUUGUAGUCAAGUGCUUAAGUCCUAUUUUGAAAAUUAAUAGACUAAGUUGUUUUUCUAUGACUGAGUUGUUUGAAUUGAACAAAUUUUGUUUUUCUGAGAGAUGAUAAGGGAAACAUUUCUUGCAUUAUCCAAUUCUCUUAUUGCUA